CGGUUUCCUGUUGAAGUCCCAUGUUUUCUAAUGUGACAGUGACAAAAAAAGCUAAGGGCUUUCGUUUUCUGAUUCUAUGGGCUAUAUAUUAUAGGUCACCUUUAAAUGUAGUAUAUGUAUGAUGUCUUAUUUAAGUAGCUACAUCUCUAACGACAAAGUUACGUGUUUUAAAUAAGAUUGUUAUCAGCCAACGCUAGCUAGCAAUAACCUUGGCAUAGCUAAGGGAAUUUACUUUUCCAGUUUAGCAUUGUUGCCUGCGAGGGACGCGAUGUCGGGGUUAUAUCGUGCUCUUCAGAAGUCUUCUACUGCUGUUAUUAAGAAUAUGACCGAAGCCAGUCAGCUCCCAUGGUACUGUCCAUCACGCAGCCUUUUCAGAAGAUCACGCGUUCCCAAUGAGGUGUUUGAAGAGCGAUCAAAAGAACAUGAGAAACAUGGUGGUGACCCAGAGCAACCCCACAAACUGCAUAUUGUCACACGAGUGAGGACGACAGUGGGGCGGCCCUACUGGGAAAAGAAGGUGGUGAAGAGCCUGGGGCUGGAGAAGGCUCAUACACCUCGUGUCCAUAAGAACAUACCCUCUGUGAAUAAUCACCUGAAAAUAAUAAAACAUCUAGUGAGGAUUCAGCCAUUGAAAUUACCAUAUGGUCUUCCUGCUGAGGAAGAUAUGGCUGACACUUACCUCAAUAGCAAAGGAGAACUGGUAGUACGGAAACUGCUCAAGCCAGUGGAGCACAAAGCAAUUGGCUCUUAAUUCCUCAGUGCUCCCACCCCACCCUCAUCACUUGUACACACAUCAACCAACCUGAUCAUAUAUUAUUUGUUCAAUAAAACUACAUACAACUAC